AUAAAAAUCCUUUAUAAAACCACCAACAACAACAACAAAGUUACAAAUUAUGUAAACCCCUAUGGAAAAACAAAGAAAUACAAAUUAAACAUUUUUUAAUUUAUUUGUAAUUUCAUUUUCAUUCAAGAGUCUUGCAGAUUCAUUUCAAUAAAGUUUUACGUUUGAAUCACGUGAGGGCGGAUCGGCAGUGUGCGCAUGCGUACACUGUGCACUGAUUUGGAAACACGAGUUCCAGCCAUGACAGUACACCGAAUGAAUCCACAUUGUUGUCAGAUUAGUUUUUUUCUACGGCUUGCUAAUGUCCAGGUAAACAACACUGAACAGUAACUCCUUUAAACUGGACUUUCCCCACUUUUUCAAGCAGUAUAUCUAUAUCUUCUCAGCAUGGCACAACCGGCAGAGAAAGAUUACUAUCGCUUUGUGGUGCUGUUCUUCAACUGCCUGCUGACAUUCGGCUCAUACUUCUGCUUUGACAUGCCCAGCGUUUUGCAAAACCAGUUUCAAGGGAACCUGACAUGUCCCAACGCAACAGUGAUCAAUGGGACGGUUGACUGUGUGGAGGGCUUGGGAAUGACCCCUCAGGAGUACAAUCUUCUUUAUGCUAUCUAUGCGUGGACGAAUGCAAUUGUCGUGAUACUGGCUGGCUUCUUGAUUGACAAACUUGGAAACCGAUUUGGAGUUUUUCUCUUCUCCUUCUUGUGCGUUUUGGGUUCCUCCAUGUUUGCGCUAGGGUCCCACUUUAAAGGAACAACCUACCUGCUGCCACUCAUGCUCACAGGACGUCUUCUAUUCGGAUCAGGCAACGGAUCUCUAACCAUUGUUCAGAACCGCAUCACUGCCUUUUGGUUCAAGGGGAAGGAACUGGCCUUAGCCUUUGGGCUCACUUUGGCAUUCUCUCGCCUGGGGUCAGUCCUCAACUUCUUCCUCACGCAGCGCUUUGAAGAAAGGUUUGGAAUGCAGUGGACCCUCUGGGGUGGUGCUCUUUUGUGUGUGCUGGGCUUCAUAUCUGCCAUCAUUGUGAGCUCCCUAGACAAGGUGGGAAUGAGACAGCUCGGUCUUGAUGGUGUCAUCCAAGAGGAGUCUCGCAAAGUGAGAAUCCAAGAUGUGAAGCUGCUGUCCCUGCGAUACUGGCUGCUAGUUCUCACUAUCAUGUUCUUUUAUAAUGGAAUCUUCCCCUUCAUUGCUGAUGCCAGUAAAUUUAUUCAGGAUAAGUACAACGACUACACUCAGAAGGAGGCGUCCUACAUCGCCGGGGCCGUUUAUGAUAGCUCACUGGUUCUAUCUGCCAGCGUGGGAAUUCUUAUAGAUUACGUAGGUCUUCGUGGAAUUUUUGCCGUGUCCUGUGCCGUAUUCACGCUGCCCGUGUUCGGGCUGCUGGCCUUUACCUUCGUGGCGCCUCUGGUUUCCACCAUCUGGCUGGGAAUCACCUACUCUUUUGCUGCUGCAAGCAUGUGGCCAUCCAUUCCCCUAGUUGUACCUCAAGCGACAAUCGGCACGGCCAUGGGCCUCGCCACCUCUGUCCAGAUGAUCGGGAUCGGCAUCUCUAAUCUGGUUGUCGGGCAGAUCUUGGGAACCAAGUCCAGUGACACUAAGAUUCCGCUGUGGCGGUGGCAGAGGAUGAUGAUCUUCAUGUUGGCCAACACCAUCGCGUGCAUCGUCACCUCCGUGCUGCUCAAUAUUGUGGAUCACAGACAGGGCGGGACCCUGAACAAGUUAACCAAAAGAUCGGCGCAGGCUGAGAGAGACAGCGACACAGAGCCACUCUCCCAUGCAGAGGAAGUGGAAAGCGAGGAUGAGAGGAAUGCACAACCGACAUCUCGCACCGUCGGCUCCGUCAACUCGUGACUUUUCCAAGUGUCCUCAAGUUUGAACAUUUUUCUCAACCUCCUUUUUUAGCAGUUUCAUUUGGAGUGGAUGACAAUUUUUUUAGAGACUUUUUAAAAUUGAACUUUAAGGAAUUUUACAAGAUGAACGAAGGUUAAUUUUCUUGCUAGUGUUUGAUUUUUUUUGUUGUUUUUGUUGCAAUACUCAAUGUAUUGCAUAGUUUUAAAAUAUUUUAUGGUUAACUAUAUGAAUCAAAUUGUAUUGAUAACAAAAAAAAACUUGACUGUUACUGACACUUUUUAUGUUUUUACAUGAUUUGUCUUUUUUUUUUUUUUUUUUUUAUGGUCAGUGAUUUGAAAUCGGUCACUGCCAUUGACGGAGACCCAGUUCAAAUGGUUUGGACAUCCACGGCCGUUAAUAGCAGCAAAUUAGUCAACGUGUUCUUCAAAAAGGGAGCUAGAUGAAGUCACCGCACAUUUACAAUAACUGUUAAAAAUUGUAAAAAUGAGCACCCUACAUAAUCCUUGCAGAGGUUUUUGCACAUCACUUCAAAAUUUAUUUUUAAAAUAAAAAAUAUCGUGCUUCAUGUGUGAACUGAAAUAUUGUGUGUAAAAUUAUUUCGAGCAAUUAUCCAGUGUGUGUAAAUAUGAAAAACUAAAAAAAAAAAAAAAAAAAACCUGAUGAUUAAAAUAAUACAAGGAAGACAUUUAUGUAACAUCAAGUUGGGAGUACAGGUAGAUGCAGUCUGCUGUGCAUAACUGCUUGUCGCACCUCCAAAGGUACCAGUGGGCCCGUUGGAGGGUCGUCAGCCGGGAGCCACUCCUCAUUGAUGUUUCGCCCCUUUCAUCCCGGAACAUCUCUGGGUGGUGGGGCAGUGUCAGGGACGUCUACCUGCCACACCCUGCAGCUGGCUUGUGGGCUGAGCCCUAAUGGACUAUGCAUGGCAGGGGAGUCCAAGUCCCUGAGUCAAGUGCAGGCCUGGCCACAUACCGAGCAAACCUGGAGGUCAUUGGACAAUGUGGGGAAGAAAGGUAGUAGUUGAUCAUUUUCUUAAUACCCUAUGUUCUUUCCCAACGCAGAGAAGAUAUAUCAAUUGGUACCACUACGCACAGUCAUGGUUGCACUUCCCAUCAUGCAUUUGGGCAGAACAGUUGAAUGGCUACAGUAUCAUUUACUGAAAGCUCAACAAAUACACUAGAUGGCAAUAUUUAGUCACGAUAUACAAAGUCACAUUUAUCCUUUAAGAAUCACAAGUCUUUCUAUCCGUGCAUCCCUCUCACAGGAAGAAUGUUAAUAAUGUAAAUGCCAUCUUGAGGAUUUAUUGUC